AUGAUAGACCCUACAGGAGAGGGGCUCCAAAUAAACCAGAAUUAUCUUCUGGAGGGCGAGCCUCUUGUAGUAGAGGCUCCUCCCGCUGCGUUAGUGGUAAGGGACACAUUCAAGUGUGAGUUCACUGUCAGCCCCAGUCCCCUAAGAUACAGGAAGGGGACAAUAAAAGAUGAAUUUUAUGGCAGCUGCUUGGAGAGCACAGAUAUUCCUGCUGGGCCAGCUCAGGCUCUGAGGGAUGCAGCCAGAGCCUUCAUCACCAAUGUCACAAGCACAGGGAGGAAAUCCAUCCAGCUCCUGAGAGCAGGGGGCUCCGGGCUCACAUACCUGCCCCCGCCGUGGGGUGAAUGCCGAUCCUCAGAGAUGGGACUCGACUUCUUUCCUGUUUACAGUAUUACCGCUUGUAGGAUUGACUGUGAGACCCGCUACAUCGUGGAAAACUGCAACUGCCGCAUGGUCCACAUGCCAGGGGAUGCCCCUUUCUGCACCCCUGAGCAGCACAAGGAGUGUGCAGAGCCUGCCCUAGGUCUGCUGGCAGAAAAGGACAGCAAUUACUGUCUCUGUAGGACGCCCUGCAACCUGACCCGCUACAACAAAGAGCUCUCCAUGGUGAAGAUCCCCAGCAAGACGUCCGCCAAGUACCUUGAGAAGAAAUUUAACAAAUCAGAAAAAUAUAUCUCAGAGAACAUCCUUGUUCUGGAUAUAUUUUUCGAAGCUCUCAAUUACGAGACAAUUGAGCAGAAGAAGGCGUAUGAAGUUGCUGCCUUACUUGGUGAUAUUGGUGGUCAGAUGGGAUUGUUUAUUGGUGCUAGUAUCCUUACAAUACUAGAGCUCUUUGAUUACAUUUAUGAGCUGAUCAAAGAGAAGCUAUUAGACCUGCUUGGCAAAGAGGAGGAUGAAGGGAGCCACGAUGAGAACGUGAGCACAUGUGACACGAUGCCAAACCACUCUGAAACCAUCAGCCACACUGUGAAUGUGCCCCUGCAGACGGCCCUGGGGACCUUGGAGGAGAUUGCCUGCUGACACCCCUUGGGCCACGAGCACCCCCCUAAACUGACUUUGAGGCCCAAGACCCAGGACAGGGGACAGCAACCUCAGGUGGGAUGGCCCCUGACGCCGGAAGGAAGCAAGAGCCCCCUAUGCACACCUUGCAAACUAGCUGCCAAAACCUCGCUCCGGCCACGUCUGACAUGAUGCGUCCUUGGGCCCUGCCAUGCAUCCCUCUUAGGAGAGAUGAGUCACACUCUGGAACUGUCCAAGAACGAACCUGCCAUCACAUCUCACUGCCAGAUGUAUAAAGCACCUGCAUGCUCAGACGUCUUACGGCGCCACCUCCACGUCUGUCUUGUACAUGACAUUCCUCCAUGCGGUUUCCAGCAUCCACUCUGCUGCCCAGGCAGUGGGACCAGAUUCCAGCUCCAAAGUCACCAUGAGGCCACCCUGGAAUCAGAACUGCACAAACAAGAGGGAAACUGCAGAUCUCUCUGCUACAUUCAGUCCUUGUGUAGUUUGUGAAGGUUCUUAACCUGCCCACAAACCCCGUCUCCCCCAAGCUGGCCCGUGGGGCAUCGGCGCUGAAGGUGAACCACGCCAACCUCUCCUCCUCCGCCCCAGUGCCUAUGAUGGCAACGCAGUGGCCAGGGGGUCCCCGUGUUCAUCCAUGGUGCCAUGUCGUUCUUCUCUCCCUAUGACACAGCUUGUGCAGUCUGACUUUUUUUUUAUUUGGGGGGCUUUUAUGUUUGUCCGUUGGAGGUUUGUUUUGGGUUGUUUUAUGCUUUUUUUUUUUUGAUGUUCUGAGGUUUGGUUUGAUUUUUCCAUUUUCUUUGGCGUUUAUUUAUUCGUGCUUCAAUCACGGUCAUAUUAAAAGCUGGUCUUGUGGAAA